AUGUCACUCACGUACUCAACAAUUUCGCUUCAGGUUCAGGGUGUGUGCCUCAAUAUCUCUACAAUUCAUAGGCUCAACUCCAAGCCACCAAUCGUCUUCCUCCAUGGCUUUGGCUCCUGCAAGGAAGACCUAGCCGACAUAAGCGUGCGUCCCGCCUUUCAGGAGUAUGGAUAUCUCGCCUUUGAUGCGCCAGGGUGCGGACAUUCGGACACCGACAACCUCUCCGGCACCGACAUCCCUUUCCUCGUCGCCGCCACUGAAGCGGUCCUCGCUCACUUCCAGGUCGAGAAAUUCCAUCUCAUAGGCCACUCCAUGGGUGGGCUCACCGCGCUCCUCCUGGCCCACCAGAACAACGACCGCGUCCUGAGCUUCGUCGACAUCAAAGGCAACCUCGCCCCGGAGGACUGCUUCCUAAGCCGGCAGAUCUUCCAGUUCCCGUCCGAUGAUCCGGGCGCCUUCAUGGAGGCCUUCAUCACUCGCACCGCCACGGUCAAAUCCUACGGCGGCCCCCUGUACGCGAGCACUCUCCGCGCGCGGGUCCGGCCGGGCGCCGUGCGGGCCAUCUUCGAGUCCAUGGUAGAGUUAUCGGAUAAAGAGGAUUUGCUUGGAAUGUUCGUAGGACUGCCGUGCCCGAAGAUGUUCAUGUUUGGGGAGGAGAACCGCGGGCUAUCGUAUCUAGGGCGGCUGGCGAAGGAAGGGGUGGAACUAGCCCAGAUCACAGAGAGCGGGCACUUCCCCAUGUAUUCUAACCCCGUGGAGAUGUAUCGUCGGAUCGCGGGGUUCUUGCAGAGCCUUCCUUGA